UUCACGUUUUUGACAAAUCGCUGUUUUGUUGUGUUAUUCACUUCAAGAACAUUUUAAAAAAAACUUUAACUUGACUUUUGUCUGUUAAGUUUUGAUUUUAACCACUUAUAUAGUCUAUAUUGGGUAAAUUGUCUUGGCUGUUUCCAGUAGAAGUUCAUUAUGUCAAAAGUACCACAUAAAUGUAAUAGGGCGGAGUGUUACUUUUUGGUAGAUGAUGGAAUACAGUGUAAUAACUGUGAAAAGUGGUAUCAUAAGAUGUGUACUGGAUUACGUCCAGCUGCAUACAAACGUUGUACUGCUCCAACAUCCCACUGGAUGUGCAGAAUGUGUUGUUCCCCAAAGAUGACCUUAAUAAGGGAGGCUCACGAACUGCUGUCUAAAGCCAUGGAACUUCCUGAUGAUAGCGUGGCUAGUAAGAGUGACACGGACUGCCCGUCUGAAGAUGACGCAGUAAGUGCCAUCAUGAAUGUUAUCACACCGGCGGUUACUAUCCCAGUUACCCCGGAAGUAAAACCUACUAGGCGUUCGAAGCGUCUUAGUAAGCGAAAAGGUAACAAAACGGAAGCUGUAAACAGCAUCUCAGAACCAGAGAACACCGUAAGCGAAGUUCACCAUGAAGGUGGUGCAGACACUGAUCUUGAUUGUACCAUCAAAAACUGCAGCAGCCCUGAGAAGCAACUGCAGGCAGAUGAUAAAUGGGUAACAAAAAUAAGCAGUCGGAAGAAAUAUAGUAAUAUUGAUGGUAGGCAAACGUCUGUCACCUGUAGCCAGGCUGCAUCAAUAGUGGUGAGAAAGGACGUAGCCACUGCUAAAUACGACAAGCUCUCCUUAGACUCUAACAUAAUUGUUGGAAAUUUGGAAGAGUCCAAAGAAUCUGAUCCCGUGAAAAGGCACGAUCACGACCUUAAAUUAGUGAGUAGUAUUAUAAGGAAGAUGCUCCCAGCGAAUUUCCCUGGAGUAUCGAUUAAAAAGCUGAUUAGAAUAGGCAAAAGAGAUGAUGAAUGUUCUAGUCAGCGUAGGUUGCUUAAAGUAGUCUUAGGUUCUCCUGAUGAACGGAAUCAUCUACUGGCUAAUGUACACAACCUUGCCGGGUCAGGAAUUUCAGCCAGACCUGAUUUAUCUCUUGAAGACAGACUUAAACGAAAAGAAGUUUUGUCCCAGCUAGAAACAAGACGUAAAAAUGGUGAGACUAACCUUAAACUGGUGGGUUUUCAAAUAGUCAGGUCUUGGAAACGUAUGCUUCCAAGACCUGUGUGGAUAAGCCAGACCGCAUAGGAAGCCUGAAGGUAGUGUACACUAAUAUACGUAGUAUCGGGAACAAAUUUCACGAGCUAGGUGUAUUAGUAGAAGACCUUAGCCCAGGUAUUGUGGCCAUUACUGAAACAUGGCUGGUUUCGGGAUUAGAUGACACACCUGAGCUAUGCGGAUUUAGUUGCUUGCGCAGCGACAGGGUUAAGGGUCGUAGAGGUGGCGGGGUUGCUCUGUACAUCAACAACUCCCUACAUGUUCGUUCCGUGAAAUCUGAAGCUCAUGACAGUGGGACAGGUGAGGUAAUUAGCUGUGAAGUAAGCUUUGCAACCGGCACUCUACUCAUUGGAGUUCUGUAUAGAAGUCCCUAUUGUCAGUGUGAUGACUUCAUUUUAGAUCACCUCAAACAAUGGAGUAAACACAGUAGCUGUCUUAUUCUAGGUGAUUUUAAUGCACCUCAUAUAGACUGGGUAGCUGUCACAUCUCCAGGAUCCGCUGAUAAGUUUGACAGCCGGUUACUCUUGACAACCAUGGAAAAUGCCCUGACACAACAUGUCUUAGGUAGUACAAGAUUCGGUUCUACCCAAGGAUCUUCCUUGCUGGACUUAGUGCUUACUCAUGACAACGACGACGUGGAUGGUCUAGUUAUUCAUCCACCUCUAGCAAACAGUGAUCAUGGGGUGUUA